AUGCGCACGACGUGCCCGGGACCGAACACGCUCGCCGCGCGCGCGGAGCUCGACGCGUUCCAGGAGACGGGCGCGCUGCGAUUCGUCGUCGACGUCGAGAACAGCCGCGGGUGCUACGUGCGAGACGUCGACGGGAACGUCAUGCUCGACAUGUUCUCGCACAUCGCGUCGCUGCCGAUCGGAUACAACCACCCGACGAUGCUCGAGGUGUUCACGAACCCGAGAAACGUCGCCACGCUCGCGCAUCGCCCCGCGCUCUUCAACCUGCCCCCGGCGGGGUACGCGAAGACGGUUCGCGAGACGCUCAUGUCGGGCGCAGGGCUGACGCACGUCACGACGCAGAUGUGCGGGUCGUGCGCGAACGAGAACGCGAUGAAGCAGGUGUACAUCGCGGUCGCGAACCGACGGCGACGCGAACGCGGCGGAUACGGCGCGGGGGACGUCUCCGAGGAGGAGCUCAGCUCGUGCAUGGUGAACCGCGCGCCGGGGAGUAAGCCGUACAAGUUUCUGUCGUUUCACGGCGCGUUCCACGGGCGAACCGCCGCGUGCUUGUCGCUGACGCACAGCAAGCCGACGCACAAGCUGGACAUUCCCGCGUUCGAGUGGCCGAUCGCGCCGUUCCCUAGGCUGCGAUAUCCCCUGGACGAUCCCGCGUGCGCGGCGCACAACGCGGCGGAGGAGGCGCGGUGCGUGAAGGAGACGUGCGAACUCUUGGACGCGGAUCCGGACGUCGUCGGCGUGAUCGUGGAGCCCGUGCAGAGCGAGGGCGGGGACAAUCACGCGAGCGGGGCGUUCUUUCGGUCGCUGCGCGCGGAGUGCGCGUCGCGCGGGGUGAAGUUCAUCGUCGACGAGGUGCAGACCGGGUGCGGCGCGAGCGGCACGUUUUGGGCGCACGAGCAGUGGGGCUUGGACGACCCGCCGGACGCGGUGACCUUCUCGAAGAAGAUGCAGAUCGCGGGGUACUACACCAAGGCGGACUUGGUGCCGGACGCGCCGUACCGCGUGUUUAACACGUGGAUGGGGGACCCGGGGAAGGUUUUGAUGCUCGAGGCGGUGCUGAAGUGCGUGAAGAAUGACGGCUUGGUUGAAAACGCGCGCGUCACGGGGGAGUACUUGCGGGAGGGUUUACACGCGUUGUCUCGCGCGCACGCCGGGAAGCUGCACAACGUCCGCGGCGUCGGGACGAUCACCGCGGUGGACUUGGAUUCGAGCGCGGCGCGCGACGACGCCGUGGACGCGCUGAGGGAGGAGGGCGUGGACAUCGCGACGUGCGGGGAUCGAACGAUUCGGUGUCGCCCGGGUCUGUACUUUACCCCGAAGCACGCGAGGGUGUUUCUCGACGCGUUCGACCGCGUCCUCGCGCGAUCGAGCGGGUGA